AUGAAAAGAUUAGCAUAUAGAAGAAGGGAGCCAACUUAAACUACUACUUGUUUUAGUGAUCAUAAGACUGAAUAGGAUGAGCCAAAAUAAAAAGAUGACAGACUCAAGAAUUGGAACAUUAUGUUUGGCAAUUUCUUAGGUGAAGGACUCGUUAGAUAAAAGAAAAGAAAUAAACAUAUCGAUCCUGCCUUUUUGAGAGAGGCUCCGAUCUUUUGUGGGAGUAAUGUGUACAACAGUCCUUCAGUAAGGGACAAUUUUGAAAAAUUUAUCAAAGGCGAAAUAUCAGCUUGUGAGUUUUUAACACGUAAAAAUUAAUCAGAGUUGCUUGUUCGAUAAAGACCUAAUUCUUCAAAAAAAUUCUAACUUUUCAGAAUCGAUAAAGAUAAAAUUCAUGGGAACGAUAAUCCUAAGCAAUCUGGUUUUCUCAAAUUACUGAAAGACAAAUCAGAUGAAAUCUCUAAAAAAUCAAGGAUUGAAUCUAGGUUGCUGUUUUAAGAAAUUUAAUUGAACAUAAGAUAAAAUUAAAAGAAGAGGAAGAUAUUAUAAAAAGAAGUCGGGAAUUGA